GACAUUCUCGCGUGUCAGCGGCAAGUUCGAAGAACACGAACUCGUUACCUUCAAAAUCAACGACCCUGAAAAUCCAAAGAACUGGUCCAAACCGUACAAAUGGUGGUGCACGAUGGUUGUCGCAUUCACCUGCUUCACCGUCGCGUUCAACAGUGCUGUCAUCACAGCCGAUCUUGAAGGCGUCUCGGAGACCUUCAAUGUCUCUAACGAAGUCGCACUCCUUACCAUCACCAUGUUUGUCAUCGGUUUCGGUGUUGGCCCUCUCGUCUUUGCGCCUGGUUCAGAGUUGUUCGGCAGAAAACCAGUCUACAUCAUCACCAUCGCCGUGGCCGUCAUUUUCGAGAUCCCUUGCGCUGUCGCACAGAACAUUGGCACACUCCUCGUCUGCCGGCUUAUCGACGGUAUCGCCUUUUCCGCGCCUAUGACGCUCGUCGGCGGCACAUUGGCCGAUCUGUGGAAAAACGAAGAGCGAGGUGUUCCUAUGGCGGUCUUCAGCGCGGCUCCAUUCAUCGGCCCUGCCAUCGGUCCUCUGGUAGGCGGCUUUCUCGGAGACGCUGCGGGAUGGCGCUGGCUCUAUUACAUCCAGCUGAUUCUCUCGGGACUUUGCUGGUGCGUUCUUACAUUCACCGUUCCCGAGACCUAUGCACCAGCCAUCCUCGAUAAGCGCGCGAAAAAGCUUCGCAAAGAAACCGGAGACGCCAGAUACGUCACCGAGAAAGACAUCGACAGCCGACCAUUCGGCGAACAAGCCCGCAUCUUCCUUAUCCGCCCUCUCCAACUCUUGUUCCUCGAGCCGAUUGUGUUUCUGAUCAGUCUGUACAUGUCUGUCCUCUAUGGGCUUCUGUACAUGUUCUUCGUCGCCUACCCGAUCGUCUACGUCGAGGGCAAAGGCUGGUCCGAAGGCAGCACUGGGUUGAUGUUCAUCCCGUUGGCCGUCGGCGUGAUCUUAUCGGCUUGCUGCGCACCAUUCGUCAACAUGCACUACCUCAGCAUUUGCGCCAAAUACCCCAAUGGCAAACCGCCUGCCGAGGCUCGACUUAUCCCCAUGAUGUUCUCCUGCUGGUUCAUUCCAAUCGGUUUGUUCAUCUUUGCAUGGACCUCAUACCCACAGAUGUCCUACUGGGGACCUAUGAUGGGAGGAUUCCCAGUCGGUUUCGGCUUUAUCUUCCUUUACAAUUCGGCCAACAAUUACCUCGUCGACACAUACCAACACCAAGCUGCCAGCGCUUUGGCCGCGAAGACCUGCAUUCGAAGCUUUUGGGGUGCCUCUGUGGUGCUCUUUACCGAACAGAUGUAUGCAAGGAUGAACAGCAGAUGGGCCAGUACCUUGCUUGCCUUCAUUGCGCUUCUGUGCUGUUUGAUCCCGUAUGUGUUCUACUUCAAAGGCGCGACGAUCAGAAAGCAUUCGAAGUUUGCUUUUGCGGAUGACGAGACGGACACACUGCCUGCUGAGAAGGUGUGAGACUUGACGAGAUCUGAAGAAGGGUUUGGGUGCCUCGCGAUUUCCAGACAGCCUUUUGGAUUAGCUGAACAUGUUUGAGCGAGAUUAGGAGUUAUUGGUGAGAUUUGAACUGGUGUUGUAAAGCAUUGCUCUGAGCGUCGCUCGAGCACGGAGCGUUUGAAGAUUCAGCAUAUAGCUGCUAGCCAAUAAGCAUAAUGCGCCAUCAAAAUUCUAGGGAAUGAUGAGACAAUAAGAUCACAUAUCAAGCUUGA